AUGGGCAAAUUCGUCCCCAGACAACGAAAGCACAAGGUGCUCGCCCGUGAGAGGGCCAAGGAGAACGGCACUAUUCCGGACUCGAAUGCGGAUGAGAUUCUCCCGGAGGAGCAUAAGCGUCUACAGGAUAAGAGAGCGCAGCUCAAGGCCGAAUUACAAGGAGACGGCGCCAAGGCCAGCGGCAAGAAGGCCAAGCGUUUGGAAAAGUACAUCACCAACAAGCUUCGUAAAGAUGAGAAUCGCGAAAUCCUCGCCAAGCUCGCGCAGCAAAAGGUUGAUACGAGCCUGUUCUCGAGUACGAAAACUCUCGGUCAGGGUAAGGAGUCCAAACGCCAGGCUUUGACUAGGGCAUUGCGGGAGAAGAACGCCGGAUUGAACGUCGACGCGGAUGCGGAGGAGCUGCUUUAUGAAGAGAGGGAAGAGGCACCCGAGGCGGAUUCCGAUGAUAGCGAAGACGAGGCUCCAAAGGCGCCCAAGCCGCAAGCUCCCAAGGCCGCAGUCAAAGCAUCUGCGCCAGUACCAGAAGCGAAAUCAAAGUCAACACCAGUACCGGAAUCGCAACCCGCCGCAUCUGUGGGAUCUGGUCUUAAGCGCCCGCUGGACAUCGAUGAGUCGGGACGACCAGUGCUUCAGAAGCGUCAAAAGAGAGGCGGUGUUACGUCUAAAUUCUCCAUUGCCGAGCCGGAGAAGGCGAAGGAUGCCGAGGACGACUGGAGUGGCUUCAGCGAUGACCCAGAGGAGAAAUCAAGCGAUGAGGAGGACGUUUCCGCAGAGGAGUCUGGAGAAUCAAGCGAAGGUUCCGAAGAGUCAGAAGAAGACGACGAGGACGAAGAUGAUAGUGAGGACGACGAAGGGGAUUCUAUUAGCACAAGGCAAUCUGCAUUCAAGGCCUGGGCUCUUGCGCAAAGAAACGAAGCCCUUGGUUUCGAAUCAACAACAGAGGCCUCUACAGCACUGGAAAUUCCUAGACCAGAGAAUUUUGAGCCACGCCCGCUUGAGCAGGAACCACUGCCCCAGGAACUACAGCCGACGACAAACCUUGCACGCAAAGCAUAUGCUGUCACUGUGACGAGAACGCCGGAGAUCCAGGAAGUCCGCAUGAAGCUCCCGGUUGUUGCCGAGGAACAGAAAAUCAUGGAGAUGAUUCACAACAACGACAUCGUCGUCGUGUGCGGUUCUACAGGUUCUGGUAAGACGACCCAGGUGCCGCAGUUCUUGUAUGAGGCUGGUUAUGGUUCUCCUGGCUCUGCUACUCCGGGCAUGAUUGGUGUCACGCAGCCUCGACGAGUUGCUGCCGUGAGCAUGUCAAAACGUGUUGCCCAAGAAUUGGGUGACCACUCGGACAGAGUCGGAUACCAGAUUCGAUUCGAGGGUACAGCUUCGGCUAAGACGGCCGUCAAGUUUAUGACGGAUGGUGUGUUGCUGCGAGAGAUGGCGCAAGACUUUUCUCUAAAGAAGUACUCGGCAAUCAUCAUCGAUGAGGCCCACGAAAGAAGUGUCAACACAGAUAUCCUCAUUGGAAUGCUGAGUCGUAUCAACAACAUCCGCAAGGGUGAUGACAAGGUCGAUCCAUCGAUCAAACCGCUCAAGAUCAUCAUCAUGUCCGCGACCCUGAGAGUCGAAGACAUGACCAACAAUACCACACUAUUCCCCACCCCGCCCCCUGUUGUCGAGGUCGAAGGCCGACAGCAUCCCGUCACGAUUCAUUUCGCGAGGCGCACGCAGUCCGACUUCGUCGAGGAGGCCUUCAACAAGAUUAUGCGUGGUCACAGGAAGCUGCCGCCCGGAGGCUUCUUGGUGUUCCUUACUGGUCAAAACGAGAUCAGGUACCUGAGCAAGCGGCUGAGGGAAGCAUUUGGUGGUUUCACAGAAGCCAGCGCGCCCAAGGUCCAGAUCUCGGCCACCGACGCGCCUAUGGAGGUCGAAGAUGUCGACUUUGGUGAGGUUGAAGAUACCAUCGCUGCCGACAUUGACGACGGCCUCGACGAGGACGAAGACAUGGAGCACGAGGACGACAAGGAGUUUGAGAUUGAAGGAGAGGAGGGAGAGACGGGGCCUAUGAAGAUGCAAGUCUUACCUCUUUACUCUCUCUUGCCGACCAAAGAACAGAUGAGAGUAUUUGAGGAUCCUCCCGAAAAUCAUCGCCAAGUUAUCCUGGCAACCAACGUUGCGGAAACCAGUUUGACGAUUCCGGGCAUCCGUUACGUCUUUGACUGUGGCCGCUCCAAAGAACGACAAUACGAUCGCUUCAGCGGAGUACAAACCUACGAAAUCGGCUGGAUCAGCAAGGCCAGUGCCAGCCAGCGUGCUGGUCGUGCUGGUCGUACGGGACCCGGCCAUUGCUACAGACUCUACUCCUCGGCCGUCUACGAGAGAGACCUGCCCGAGUUCACAGACCCCGAAAUCUUGCGGAUGCCCGUCGACGGCGUCGUGCUCCAGCUCAAGUCAAUGAACCUCUCCAACGUCGUCAACUUCCCCUUCCCGACGCCGCCGAACCGCAUGGGUCUCCGCCAGGCCGAGAAGCUGCUCACCUACCUCUCGGCCAUCGCACCGGAAGGCCAAAUCACGAAAAUCGGAUCGACAAUGUCCAUCUUCCCGCUCUCGCCCCGCUUCGCCCGCAUCCUCCUCGUCGGUCACCAGCACGACUGCCUGCCGUACACCAUCAUGAUGGUGGCGGCGCUCUCGGCCGCCGAGGUCUUUGUCCCGGAACACCAGGCGAUCCCCUCCCUCGCCGCGCGCGAUGAGUCCGAGUUCCGCCGCACCGCCGACAUCAUUGCCGAGGACCGCCAGGCCAACAUCAGACGCCUCUUCAACGCCGCGCACAAGAACUUCUGCUACCUGGACGACAGGUCCGACGCCAUCAAACUCCUCCAGGUUGUCGGCGAGUACGCCCACGACCCGACGGAGAAGUGGUGCGAGGACCAUUUUGUCCGGCACAAGGUCAUGAAGGAGGUGACGCAGCUGCGCCAGCAAAUCACUGAGCUCCUCCGCGCCAACAUCCCCGCCUUCAAGAACCUCAAAUACCAGGACCGGCUCGACGCCCCCUCGGACAAGCAGGUCGCCUACCUCAAGCAGAUGGUGGCCGCCGGCUUCAUCGAUCACGUCGCCCUUCGCGCCGACAAGGCCCCCGUGCCGCCCGAGGUGACGCGCAAGCCCGGCCGCGCCAUCGACGUGCCCUACAUCCCGCUCUCGCCGCUCGGCGUUGGCCACGGCGCCGAAAAGUACAUCUACAUCCACCCGACGUCGCCGCUUGCCCACCUCAGCCCGGCCGAGUGUCCCGAGUUCGUCGUGUACUCGCAGCUUCAGCGCGCGACGCAGAGCGCGGACGUGAACAAGACGCCCAAGACGAGGAUGCUCGCGCUCACGGACGUCACGGGCGGGCAGCUCGCGAGCUUGGCCAAGGGUACGCCGCUCGUGAGCUACGGAAAGCCGGUGAAGGAGAUUUCGUCCACGGCGAAUACGCGCGAGGUGUGGGUUGUGCCGUAUCUCAGGGCCGAAGGGGUUGGUGGUCAGGGGUGGCCGUUGCCGAUGAAGAAGGUCGUGCAGCGCAGGGUUGCUGGGAAGGGUUGGGUUGUUGAAUGA